AUGUCGUCGGCGACUGUUUCUAGAAAAGUCCUCGAUGAGGUUCGUAAUCAAAGGAACAGAUCUGUCUUUUUGCGAGACAUCAUCGUCAUUCGUCUUAUCAAUGCUUGGUGGAUCGCCACCUUUUUCCAGCCAGAUGAGUUCUUCCAGUCUCUUGAGCCAGCUUGGGAUCUGGCCUUUGGCUCACAGAGCGGUGCAUGGUUAACUUGGGAAUGGAGACACCAACUUCGUACUUCUCUCCACCCAGCCCUCUUUGCCGGCGUCUAUCUCAUUGCCGACUUCGUCUCCAGUCAUAUCCUCCCUUUAGGUAUCCUACGCGCAGUCAUCCUCGUUGCAGCUCCUCGAGCUUUCCAGGCCGUUAUUGCUGGCCUCGGUGACUGGUACACAUGGCAACUUGCCGUGUCUAUAUACGGAGCCAACAGUAAUGCCUCUUUUUUCGCCCUCUUCCUACAGCUCUUCAACCCCUGGCAAUGGUAUUGCUGUACACGCACCUUUUCCAACUCUCUCGAGAUGACUCUCACCGUUAUGGCUCUGUACUACUGGCCCUGGGACCUUCUCGGUGCUGCCCAGACGGUUAAGGAGAAUCCUAAACACUCGCCUGUUCUAAAGAGUAUCUGGUCGCUUCGUGCAUCUCUCUGUCUCGCAGCUUUGGCCGUGGUUCUUCGACCAACCAAUGCGUUGAUUUGGGCGACUAUUGUUUUCUUCACCCUCACCCGCAUCUCAUUCCAGGGUUCUUCUCCCCUAACACUCUCGACUGUCGUGACACUCGUUCGUGAAGGAGUUCUUUGUGGUUCUUUAAUUCUCGCCAUAUCUGCCGCCUCAGAUCGUCUGUACUUUGGCUUUUGGACGUUCCCCGCCUACAAUUUCCUCAACUUCAACCUCUCCAAGUCCCUUGCUGUCUUCUACGGCCGCAACCCCUGGCAUUACUAUAUCCUUCAAGGUCUCCCCCUUGUCUGUACCACCAGUCUCCCCUUUGCUGUUGCAGCCCUCUACAAGCCAGGUGCAUUCGCCGCAUCGACAGCCCAAUCUAAUAUGCUUAAGACAUUGGCAUAUACCGUCUUCACGACCAUUGGGGCUCUAUCACUCAUCUCUCAUAAAGAGGUUCGCUUCAUCUAUCCUCUCCUUCCGGCACUCAGCGUCCUCGCUGCUCCUUUUGCCGCCUCAUUCUUCACAUCUCAACCUAGUCCUACCACCAACAACCCCCGUCCCCGGCCUCACCUCCGCAACAAGCACUAUCUUCUUGCAGCUCUGGGCGUCAAUGUCUUUCUUGCAGGUUAUCUCUCUUUCUUCCACCAGUCAGCUCCUCUCAACGUUCUCACAUAUCUCCGUCGUGAAUACGAGCGCACCCAUCCGGACUCUGUUCAGCUUGCCCAGUCCUCUCACUUCUCUUCUCCGCCAGAGAAAGACGAAGAACUAUUUGCCCUCUUUCUCAUGCCCUGCCAUUCUACACCCUGGCGCUCACACUUGGUUUACCCUGGCCUGCGAGCCUACGCACUCACCUGUGAGCCUCCUCUUCAUACGGAACCCAACACUCCCGAACGAGAGAACUAUCGUGAUGAGGCUGAUCGUUUUUACGAUAACCCUAUCCCCUUCCUAACCUCUGAGCUAUUCAGUCCAGCAAAACCUCUCUCUAUUCCUCGCUACAUCGUCGGAUUCGAAGGUAUCGAGCCAUGGCUACAGGACUUUGUCAAGACACAGAAGGCACAGUCCCUUGGUUUGACACAGGUACGCACUGUGUGGAAGGGCUUCAAUGGCUUGUUCAACGAAGACUGGAGACGUUCAGGCAAGAUGAUUGUCUGGGACACUGGCGUUUUCGAGAAUGGACUCCCAGCAAAGGACUUAUAG